AUGACAAUAGCUCUGUUUCUUGCCUUAUAUGUAAAAACUGUAUUAACAGAUUUUGUACUUAUCUUGAAUCCUGACGAGCCAUUUGUUGUCAAGGAAUUUGACAUUUUAGAAGAAUAAUAUGAAGAUGAGGCAAUAUUAAGACAAGGUGCUUGGUUUUAAUACCUUCCCUUGAUUUCAACCAUUUAGGCACAAUCUAUAGGGAUCCUAGAUAGCAAUUGCUUUCAUUUAUUUAGUUCUGUAGGGAAAUACUCUUAAACUUUAAACAUGUUAUAUUAUGAUUGUUAAGAUCAUGAGUAAAUGACCAUCACUAAAUAUAUCAAAUUUAUGGGUAACGAUGAUUAAUAAUAUAAUUUUGAAAUAAGCAUAAACGUAUUUGAAUAUGAAAAUUAGUGGUAUUAUUUUGAAUUCAUAUUAUUUCUGUAAGAAAAUAGAUUUUAAAUAUUACUUAUUAAAAAUGAAGAAAUUUUGAAAAAUGACAUUUUGAAUGUUUUACCAUUAAAAGAUUAAAGGACAAUUUUAAAAAUUGGAGGUGAUCUUGUAGUUGUAGAUUCAAAAUUACUCAAUAUUGCCAAUGGAGAUAAAUUCGCUUCAUUCCCAGGCAAAAUUAAGGCAAUUGAUUUAUCAGGUUCUGUUGUUGAUUUUGUCGAUUCUGCAAUAUACUUAGGAGAACCUUGGGAGAAAUGUACAUGUGUAGCCAAUCCUAUAAGUAGUUUAAUUAACCAAGAUUAUGUUAAUCUUAUUACAUCAAUUUAUACUUCAAGAUUUCAGAAUUGCGAUUAGUUUACAUUUACUGGAUGGUUUAAGAUUAAUGAAAUAAUUCAAACUCAUAAUGUUCUUACAUAUUAAUUUAUUAAAUUGACUUCAAAUGUGUAAAAUAAUUUAUUUUAGAACCAAAAUAUAUCUCCUUUAUAACUAUUUUACCAGCUUUCAAAAAAUCUAAAUACAAUAAUUAUCACAACAUAUAGUUACACAUAUCCAUCCAUCACUUUAGAUUUUACAAAAGACCCAUUUUUAAUAACCAAAGAAUUCCAGAUUUUGAACAAUAUGUAGUUAUGGCAUCUCCUAUAUGUAAAAUUAGAAAGAGAAGAAUUUUCUGUCAAUCUUAAAUUUUUUGAGAAUAGGUAAAUUUACGAGUAUAAGACAUCAAUUGUUGUUAAGCAAUUUCAUUAAAUAUAUUUUAAGCUCUUUUUAGGCAAUUUACAAAAGUCCACCAAUAAUUAUCUAAAUAUUAUAAGUAGGAAUCUAUAUUUUUUUAAUUGUAAUAAAGAUUUUUAAUAACAAAAUUGCCACAUUUCAUGUGGAGAAUGUGAUGGUCCAACUUAUCAAGAUUGUAUAUCUUGUUCCAUAGAAUCAAAAAGAAUAUAUUUUCCAGAAUAUAAAUAGUGUAUAUGUCCAUAAGAUACUGUUGAUCAUGAUGAUUAAUGUUUAGGCUAUCCUGAUUUUGGCUUUUAGUUAAUUUCAGGUGAAGAAUAAAAUGAUGAGUGUUUGUAUGGACAAUUUGAGCUUAAUGGCUUAUGUUAUCAAUGGUAAUUUUUAAUAAUUAAAAUAUUAGUCCAGGAUAAAUAAAUUCAUAAAUUACAACUUGUUUUGAAUGUGUUUAAAAUCCAAAAGAUUGGUACGAUAACCCAUUUUGUAAUACAUUUGUGUACCUAAAUCAGGAUGGAAGAACGACUUCGUUAGAAUAAAUAUAUUACUAAUUUGCAGCUAAACCCUAUUUCAUUUUUAAUGGUGUUAACCUUGAACUUUGUUUGGAAUGUUAACAAUCAAGUCUUACAAAUUAGGAGAAUAUAAAUUAAGAUAUAGCUAAGAAAUAGGAAUUAUUUAAUUCAUUUUGUCUUUCUAAAAUUUCAGGUUAAUAAUGUUCAAAAUGCAGAAUUGAAUACUGCACGACUUGUGCUAUUUAAUAACAGGAUAAAUCUGUCUUUAUUGUGAGGAAUUCUCGAAAUUAGAAGAUGGUUAGUGUACCAUGGUUUCUCCAGGAAAGUUAAAAGAAAAUAAUUGUUUAUCACCGUAUUACAUAUCAUCAACAAUGGAAUGCAAAAAAUGCUCUAUUGAAAAUUGCAUUUAUUGUUUUGAAUAUGUGGUUGAUGAUUUGA